AUGGCUUAUGUGAUUCAAGACGGUGCUACUCUACCAAAUGUAGAAUCAUUUGCUUUUAAUCCCAUUUCUGCGAUCACCAGUUUCUUCGAUGGAUGGAAAAUUAUGGGAAAACCUUUCCAGAAGCGGCAACAAGUACCAGAAGGGGUGCCAUCUAUUCAAGAUUCAGGUGUCACUGCACCUGAGCUUGUAAAUCUUUCAAUUCUUCACUCUGAUUUUAGAUCUGGAAGUAUCAUUAAUUCAUGCAGAUCAAUCGAAGGUCCUCAUAUCGAUUUGUUAGUAAAGAAACACAUUGCUGCAAACCAGAAACAAUGGGCAAUUGGGCCAUUUAACUUAUAUGAUAGCUUAAAUUCAAAAGGCCAACACAAAUGUUUGGAGUGGCUUGAUAAGCAAGCUCCAAAUUCUGUGUUGUGUGUUUCGUUCGGAUCGACAACUUCAAUGACAGACGAACAAAUCGAAGAGCUUGCAAUUGGGUUAGAACAAAGUGAGCAGAAGUUCAUCUGGGUGUUCAGACAUGCAGAUGAGGGAUCCAUUUUUUCAGAAGAUGUCAAGAGAGGUGAACUGCCAGAAGGGUAUGAAAAGAGAAUGAAAGAAGCUCGAAUGGUGGUGAGAGAUUGGGCACCUCAACUACAAAUUUUGGGGCACCCAUCAACGGGUGGGUUCAUGAGUCACUGUGGAUGGAAUUCAUGCUUGGACAGUAUUUCCAUGGGAGUGCCUAUAGCCACUUGGCCUAUGAACUUUGACCAACCCAUUAAUGCUUUUCUGGUAACAAACAUAUUGAAGGUUGGCAUUCCAGUUAAUCAAUGGGCACAACAGGAGAUAGUGAGUUCAUCAACCAUUGCAAAAGCUAUCAAAACAUUAAUGGCAUCAAAAGAAGGGGAAGAGAUGAGGAAGAAGGCUGAGGAACUAGGUGGUGCCACUAGGCUGUCUGUGAAGGAAGGUGGUGUUUCUCGGAUGGACUUGGAUUUGUUCAUUGCUCACAUAAGUAGGUAG